GACACGAGGCCUUGCUCGCGUCAGCCAUCCUUCUUCGCUUCCAUGGUCGACUCAUCUACUAGUAUGAGCGAUACGGCCAAUAUCUCGAGAGGCAUAUGGGCAGGGCACCGCCUCGACAUCACAACGCUCGCGAGACACCGAGACGAGACCAACGAGAUGGGAUGAGCGAUGCGACGAAGUGGCGCGAGAGGUUGCGGUUAUCUGGGGGAGCGAAUACGGCGCCGACUGGCGUGAGACCCCUUAACCACUGGUAUCAAAAGUACAGAGGAUUUUCUCGCCCGGUGUAUUAGUUCGGGCACACGC